UCCUUUUGCCACUGAUGAUCCUGGCCAUCACCCAUCAUCGCCCGCAGGCGCCCUUGCUCUGGCAUGAAAGGAGGAGGCGGAGGAGGCGCCCUGCUUGUCAAUAUGCAGCCCGCCGCCGGCAAGCAGCAGCAGGCGCCCAAGCCCAAGGCCUCCUCCCUCUUCCUCUACAUCCUCCUCCUCUACAUCCUCCUGCCGGUGCUGGUGCUCUACGUCGUCGCGCUCGCCGUCUCCCCGUUGUACUACUCCCACCCGUGCCCGCCGGACGACAGCACCGUCGUGGCUCGUCUCGCGGCCGCGGCUGCUGCGGAUGGCAAGAGGCCGACGAAUAGCAGGCGGCAGAAUGACGAUGAUGGCACGCCGCCGCAGUCUGCGGCGCUUCCGCCGCCCAGAAGCAAGGCCUCGGACUCGGACGACGCCGAGCCCACCGGGCUGCGCCACAUUGUGUUCGGCAUCGGCGCGUCGUCGUCGCUGUGGGCGAGCCGGCGGGAGUACAUCAGGGUGUGGUGGCGGCCGGGGGAGAUGCGCGGCUUCGUGUGGCUGGACAAGCCGGUGGCGGACUACGACUCCAGCAGCCGGAACGCCUCCUCCUCCACGGCCACGGGGGGGCUUCCCGGCAUCAAGAUUAGCGCCAACACGUCCGGGUUCCCCUACACGCACGGCGCCGGCAGCCGGUCGGCGCUGCGCAUCACGCGCAUCGUGUCGGAGAGCUUCCGGCUGGGGCUCCCCGGCGCCCGGUGGUUCGUGAUGGGCGACGACGACACGGUCUUCUUCCCGGACAACCUGGCGGAGGUGCUGUCGCGGCUGGACCACAGGCAGCCCUACUACGUGGGGAACCCGUCGGAGAGCCACAUCCAGAACCUCAUCUUCUCGUACGGCAUGGCGUUCGGCGGCGGCGGGUUCGCCAUCAGCCGCGCGGCGGCGGAGCAGCUGGCGCGCAUGCAGGACGGGUGCAUCCAGCGGUACCCCGCGCUGUACGGCAGCGACGACCGCGUGCACGCGUGCAUGUCGGAGCUGGGGGUGCCCCUGACGCGCCACCUCGGGUUCCACCAGUGCGACCUGUGGGGCGACGUGCUGGGGCUCCUUGGCGCGCACCCGGUGACGCCGCUGGUGACGCUGCACCACCUCGACUUCCUGCAGCCGGUGUUCCCGACGGUGCGGUCGCGGACGCGGGCGCUGCGGCGGCUGUUCGAGGGCCCCGUGGCUCUGGACCCGGCAGCCGUGGCGCAGCAGGCCGUGUGCUACGACGCCGCUAACGAGUGGACGGUGUCGGUGGCGUGGGGGUUCGCGGUGGUGGUGGUGCGCGGGGUGCUGUCGCCGCGGGAGAUGGAGACGCCCAUGCGGACCUUCCUCAACUGGUACCGCCGCGCCGACUACACGGCCUACGCCUUCAACACGCGCCCCGUGGCGCGCCAGCCGUGCCAGCGCCCGCAGGUCUACUACAUGCGCCAGGCGCGCCUCGACCGCCGCCGCAGCAACACCACCGUCACCGAGUACGAGCGCCACCGCGUGCCGCCCACGCCCUGCCGCUGGCGCAUCCCGGACCCCGCCGCGCUGCUGGACCGCGUCGUCGUGCUCAAGAAGCUCGACCCGGGGCUCUGGAAACGGGCUCCGAGGAGGAACUGCUGCAGGGUGGUGUCGUCGCCGACCAAGGGGAAGGACCGGAGGAUGACCAUCGACGUCGGUGUCUGCAGAGAGGGCGAGUUCGCCAGGGUUUAAUUAGAUCGAAUUGGAGGCAGGCAGCCAGAUCGAUCGUCGAGUUUGCGCAGGGGAAGUAGGAGCCAGAAUGGACGGCGAGAGCAAGUAGCUAGUGGCGCAAGGAAGGAAUGGCCGGUUUGAGAUCCAGGGACCAUGGCGCGGAACCGAAACCUUUUGGGAUCAGGGCAUGAGGAGGGAGCAGCAGCGACUCGUUGAGGCGGGGUUUUAUCUGUAGAGGGACUGAUCGCUUGCUCGGUGCGUUCGGCCAGCAACGUGGCUGUCACUUUUACUGAUGAUCAUCAAGUGUACGUAACGUAGAUGUCAACUUUAGAAUUAGAGGUAUGUAUAAGGUGUUUCGUUCAAAAAAAAGAGGUACGUAAGGUGAAAUUAUGGGCCUUUCUAGCCCAUAUUGGU